AUGACGCGGACAGACCCGUGGGAGCUGCUAGGCGUCGCGGAGGGGUCCUCUGCCGACGAGAUUAAAGCCGCCUUUCGCGCCAAGAUUAAGAACGUCCAUCCUGACGUGUACCGAGGGGAGUUAGACGCUGAGGCGAUUACAACCCGCCUCGUUCUCGCGUACGAGUUACUUCUAGAGGAGGUGGAAAAUCCCACGGGAGGCAGAAGAUGGAGGAGGGAGGAGGAGGAAGAGGAGGAGGAGGGGGAUCUCUGGCCCUGGGUCAACGAGAUUCGCUGCCUUGGUCAAUCCUGCCUCUCUAGUUGCAUAGUGACGGCGCCCUUCCUCUUCUCCUAUGCGGAGGACACUGCACGGGCCCGUGCCAUGUCUCCAGACGCCUUUCAAGGGUGGACUGUGGGAGGGGAGACCAAGGACAGGGCUCGUUACUGUGUCAACCUCGCUGUGGGGCAAUGCCCUGAGCUUUGUAUACACUAUGUUACAUCGGCUCAACAUGCUGAAUUAUCUGAAAAGCUACAGGGGAUCAUAGAUGGGAUGGUACCCCUGCAAGAAGGUGCGUUUGAUAUCCAGACGUACAUAGCUAAAGCCACAUACGAUAACAACCGUCGACCACGACCAAAGCGAAGGCCCAAAGCAGAAGGUGAAUAUGUGGACUGGUAUUAG